AUGGUCCUUGAGACCAGUGACUCAAACUCGGAGAAAGGUGGAUUCCCACCGCCAACAACUACGAAGGAAGUCCCGACGGACUUCACGACUAAUACCUAUACCUAUAGACAUGGGGAACAAGCGAAGACUCCUACAUGUCUCUGCCUUGCAUCAUGGGUUUAUCGCUUCGCCCUUCCCGGCCCUGCUACUCCACCUCUCCCUUCCAAGUACUCUGGAGCCUUGCAGGACGACCCCGCGUCCGAGUUCCCAGACGAUGACUUCCCUCUGCGUGCACACGAACCAUGGGACAUCUCUGUGGACUUCCCCUACCCGCGUACGCUGUCUUAUGAGGUGACAGAAGGAACAUGGCUGCGACUUGACGUACAUCCCGUCAGUGGGGAUAUCGUGUUUGACAUGGCUGGGGAUUUAUACUGCCUGCCGGCUGACGCGUAUUCUGGAGCUGCUGGAAGAGUAGGUGGGAGGACAGAAGCGGUGCCAGUGCUCACAGGUGUCCCACACGAUGCGGAUCCUCGAUUCUCGCCUGAUGGAGACAGGCUCGCAUUCAAGAGCGAUGCGGGGCUCGGCGCUGACAAUCUGUGGGUGAUGCCCUGGGCAGCUGAAGGAUGCGCGGCCAUGGAUGUCCGCGCGCAUGUUAGUUUGUCACAUGAGCUCGAGCUGAAGAUCCAGGACGAGGAGCUGCUUGCAGGAGGUAUCAAGGAGACCAGUGAGAGGAAAGCGAGGAGAUUGACAAGGGAGGGAAGGGCAGACGCGCAACGUAUCACGAAUGAGACGUACAACUGGGUGUCCGACCCACGCUGGCACUCUUCAGGGGAUAAGGUCGUCGCAACAAAAUGGUACUUCUCUUCACGCUCGCUCGGGGCUGGCGAAGGAUGGGAGUUCCCCGUUCCUGCCAUCAACACCAAGUCACAAGUUGAGGCAGGCGCUGGAAAGCGUUUGGUGUCAAAGAUCCUGCCUAUGGGGUGGACAAAGAUGGACUACGUGGAGCAGCAGAUAGGACACGAGCAAUUCAUAUGGGCGGGCGAUGAUGCCUUGAUUUAUGCUGGUAAUGUGAAAGAUGUCGACGGGAGUUACACGUAUUCCAAAGAUGUCCAUCAGGGUAUUUACUCGAUCUUCCGGCGCAACUUAACAACGGGCGUGGAGGAGACACUCGUUAACGCAUUCCCUGGUGGUGCUAGCCGGCCUACACUGUCGCGUGAUGGACGCACCCUUGCGUUCGUGCGCCGUGUGAGGGACAAGGAAGCACUCGUGCUCAAGGAUCUUAACACGGGUACCCUGCACCAUGUCUGGCACGGGCUCACCUACGACCUCUCGACAAUCUACGCGCCGAUGGGUACCUACCCGUCCUUCGCAUUUACGCCCUCUUCGUCCUCGCCGGGCAUUGUCAUCUGGGCUGCCGGGCAGAUCUGGCAUGUCCCGUUGGCGCGCAAUGCAGAGGGGGAACUUGUUGCCGCGACAAAAGUCACCAACAACGUAGAUCUCAUACCGGAGGUGAUCCCGUUCACAGCGCACAUCUCGAAGAAGCUCGCGGAAACGCGGCGUGUGAAGACUGAUGUGCGCAAGUUUGAAUCAGGCCCGCAGCGCAUACGUGCAUUUACCCAGCUUGCGCUGGAUGAAGCUGGCAAGCGUGCAGUAUUCGCAAGCGCGGGACAGACGUGGGUGCAGGUGCUCGGGGGUUCUCUCAUCAACAUCAACCCCGCUACGUUGAACCCUGUCAAUGAUGCGAAUUUCCUCGGCACAAAGCCUCCACGGCGUAUUCCUCACCUGCAUCCCUCCGCAGGCUACUACUCACCUUCCUUCGUUCCUGCUUCUUCCUUCGUUUUGCACGCACGCUGGGACAAUUUGCAUUUCUCGUCUCUUGAGCUGGUAGAUCUGGCGGGCGGGCGGAUUUGGGCUGUCGUCGGACUGCCUAAGGGGCGGUGGUUUGGUGCAGUUGUAAGUGGAGCUGCGGAUAAUGGCGUGCGGACAGUAGUGCUGGUGAAGACCGGUGGGGAUGUGUUGACCGGUAACGUGGUGGCCACUGCGCAAACGGGAGUUUGGGUCGGGGAGAUGAUCCUCCCGUCCCUAUCCCUCCCUGCAAAUACAGUGGCACUGAACAACUUGCGAUAUAUCCCAAGUAGUAUCGACCCCUCCGACGUCGUCAAGUUAUCAUUCGUGGACGGCACGGCUAGUGAAGUGCUCGUUCAGCAAUCUGACCGUGCACUUUGGCUCUCAUUGCGUGACGGUGCUGAGCAGGUGCUUGCUCAGGGGAAGGGAACGGAUGAGAUUAUUUUCUCCCCGUCCGGGUCCGUGCCCUCAAAAUCCUCAAGACGAGCUGGUCGAAACCAAGCAGCAGGGGGUGCAGCAUUUGUCAGCCUUUAUCACAUAUAUUACGCGCCACCUUCCUCGGUGGACCCUGAGAAUCAGAUGUGGGCUAAGCCGGGGAAGGCACCGAAGAACUUGGCGCGUCUGAGCGGGGACGGUGGACAUGAUGUCGUGUUUAGCGGGGACGGGAGUGUGAUCGGGUGGUUCCUCGGUCCAUACCUCCAUACCCUCCCACUCUCCCGCCUUCCUUCAUGCAAGGGAGCAAUCGGAGCUGACGCAUCUACCUUUGGGAUUGACUGCGUCCGGGGUUUGCUGGAUGUUACAGCAGUAGAUGUCGCUUAUACUCCUGAUGUUAAACGGUUGUCCAGCGAGGCGCGCCAGUCAAUGGCGGACGGGGCACAGAGAUCAAUGCAAGGACAUGCAGCAUGGAGCAACGCUGACGUCGUCGUCAUCCACAAUGCGACAGUUUUGAGCAUGGCGAACGGCGUGCUCACGCAGGAUUUGAGGCCGGGCGCGAGUGUUGUGAUUCGGAGCGGAGUGGUGGAGGAUGUUGGUGGCCCUGAUGUUGGUGAGGGACUGGCAGGAGCGUUCAUAAUCAAUGCUGAAGGCGGGUAUGUCGUUCCGGGUUUCAUCGACGCACACGCGCACUGGAGUGGCACAGGAGACAAGUACCCAGCGACGUCCUGGGAGAUGCAGACAUUCCUUUCGUACGGCGUGACUACACUACACAACCCAAGUCUACAUAACUCCCUCGGCUACGUCGAGCGCGGACGUAUCGAGUCUGGACUCAUGGCUGGCCCGCGACUCUUCCAUACCGGAACGGUCAUCUAUGGUGCAUCGGAGUAUCACAUCCAUCAGGACAUUGCAAGCAUGCGCGAGGCACGUGAAGCCCUUGUAAGGAUUAAAGCCGAAGCCGGAGAUGCGAGUUGGAGCUAUAAGAACUACAAUUUGCCGACGAGAGCUGCCAGACAACGGUUAUUGACAGCUGCGCGUGAAUUGGGGAUGCUGUGUGUGCCUGAAGGUGGGAUGAACUAUGAUUGGGAUUUAACGUAUAUUGUAGAUGGGAUGACCACGAUCGAGCACAAUAUUCCUGUGUCGAUGUUAUACGAUGAUAUCCUCACACUCUACACGAUGAGCGGGACAGGAUCUACUCCAACACACAUCGUCGAUUAUGGAGGUAUGUUCGGGGAGCAAUAUCUUUGGGCAACUGAGGACAUUCCGAACGACCCCAAACUCCGCACGCACACACGACACGACAUCCUCGAAGGGCUCUCGGAGAGCACAAGUCGGCCGUUCAACUCGAUGGCGCUAUGGAAUGUUUCUGCAUCGGUUGCGAACAUGGUGCACCGAGGGCUGCGCGCUCAUAUUGGGGCGCAUGGCGAGCCGCCUCUUGGACUCAUGUACCACCAGGAGAUGUUCUACGCCAAAGCAGGCGGGCUGAGCAAUUAUGAGGUGAUUCGUGCAGCAACUGCGGAUGCCGCAAUCACUUUCGGUCUCUUCGACAGCCUCGGGUCCAUCUCGGCGGGUAAACUUGCAGACCUCGUCGUUUUCCCGCCCGGGUUUGAUCUGCUGCAAGAUGAUAUCCGCCACACGCGAAAUGUCAGGUAUGUGAUGCGUGGUGGGCGGAUAUGGGACGCGGAGACGAUGGAGGAGAUGUGGCCCAUCAAGAGGAAGCAGGUGCUUCCGCCGUUCAAUGCGGAGUAGGAGUCUGAACAGAAUUCGCCUUUGUAUACUAUGCUAGUGGAACUUGGAUUGCAGUGGUUGAAUUCAAGACGACCAUUGAAGUUUGCUCCCAGGAAGUUAUCCACAUUGGUUCCAAC